GGCUUCUCCCGAAAGAGCCACGCAUUCCUGCCUAAGAUCUUCUUCCGCAAAAUGUCAUCCUCAGGGGCCAAGGACAAGCCUGAGCUGCAGUUUCCCUUCCUGCAGGAUGAGGAGACAGUGACCACGCUGCAAGAGUGCAAAACACUCUUCAUCCUGCGCGGCCUGCCAGGAAGCGGCAAGUCCACAUUGGCCCGCGUCAUCGUGGACAAGUACCACGAUGGCACCAAGGUGGUGUCUGCAGAUGCCUACAAGAUUAACCCUGGCAUUCGUGGAGACUUCUCUGAGGAGUACAGGCGGCUAGACGAGGACCUGGCUGCCUACUUACGCCGGGACAUCAGAGUGCUUGUGCUGGAUGACACCAACCAUGAACGGGAGCGGUUGGAAAAGCUCUUUGAAAUGGCCGACCAGUACCAGUACCAAGUGGUGUUGGUGGAGCCCAAGACGGCGUGGCGGCUGGACUGUGCCCAGCUCAAGGAGAAGAACCAGUGGCAGCUGUCCGUCGACGAGCUGAAGAAACUGAAGCCUGGCCUGGAGAAGGACUUUCUGCCACUCUUCUUCGGCUGGUUCCUGACCAAGAAGAGCUCUGAGAGCCUUCUCAAGGCUGGCCAUGCCUUCCUGGAAGAGCUGGGGAACCACAAGGCUUUCAAGAAGGAGCUUCGACACUUUGUCUCUGGGGACGAUACCAAGGAGAAGAUUGAACUGGUUACCUACUUCGGGAAGAGACCCCCAAGUGUGCUACACUGCACAACCAAGUUCUGUGACUACGGGAAAGCAGCUGGGGCAGAUGAGUACGCCCAGCAGGAUGUGGUGAGGAAAUCGUACUGCAAGGCCUUCACAUUGACGGUCUCUGCCCUCUUUGUGACACCCAAGACAACUGGAGCCCGGGUGGAGUUGAAUGAGCAGCAGCUGCUGUUGUGGGCAAGUGACGUGGACAAGCUGUCCCCCACUGACAACCUGCCUCGGGGGAGCCGUGCACACAUCACUCUGGGCUGUGCAAGUGAUGUGGAGGCUGUGCAGACAGGCAUUGACCUCCUCGAGAUUGUGCGCCAGGAGAAGGGGGGCAACCGAGGCGAGGAGGUGGGUGAGCUACACCGGGGCAAGCUCUACUCCUUGGGAAGUGGGCGCUGGAUGCUGAACCUGACCAAGAAGCUGGAGCUCAGGGCCAUCUUCACGGGGUACUACGGGAAGGGCAAAGCUGUACCCACACACAGCAGCCGGAAGGGGGCUGGCCUGCAGUCAUGCACCAUCAUUUGA